UUCGAUAUUUUCACCAUUCGAUCGAGCUUUCAGCUUCGUCCAUGGCGAUGACCUCGUUCUCGUCCCCUCUCUCUUGGGCUUGUGCCCUUGCCGCAGUCCUCAUCCUCUCCUCCUCCACUUCCUGUUUCGACAUCCCUUAUUCCGAUCACUGUUCGUCCUCCGUCCCGGAAUCCGCCCCCUCCGACGGCGCCUUGGAUUCCUCCGCCUCUUUCCAGCUCUCCUUGGGCAUCGUUUUCGGAGCAGACGCCCUCCUCGGAGGAAACUCUUCUGUGUUUCCUACGUCCUUCUUCUUCCGCCGUCAGUUAGUCCUCCCCACACAGACCCCCGGCGUCCUCCGGAUCGCCGCCACUCUCAUUCUCCGCUCGGGAGGCGGUUUAUCCACCGUCCGUGGCAGGCACGUGAUCGAACGCUCUGAUGUUCACUUCCACCAGGUCCGACCUCGGUUCCCGCGGACUACCUUCCUCCAGCGUGGGACGGUCAGAUUCGAUCUCUCCGGCUACUGGUCCGAGGCCACCGGAAAGCUUUGUAUGGUGGGGAACGGCCAUGGAAGGUCGUUUCAAGGUAACAAUCUCCAACUUUCUGCUCUAUUUAAGCUCGAUUACCCGAAGAUUAUGAACAUUACUUCGAGCUUGAUCAAGGGGAAUUUGGAGAGUCUAGAUGCUUCUGGUAGCUCGAAUCAUUUCGAUCAAAUUUCAGUUUUGGCAUAUGCUCCUAGUAAAUAUGAGUACACACAGAUCUCUCACGCAAAGAAUUCUUGCAAUCGAGUGAAUGCUGAGUCUCUAGGACUUCAAUCUCAUUCUUCAUGCAGCUAUCUGAGGAGCCUGUCGAGGAUGCAGUUUGAGUUGCAUUAUGAAAAGAAUUGCUCCUUGAGCUCAUGUGGCCCGUUUGCUCAGAGUUCAAAGUUUACUCCGUACACCAUGACUUUCCAUCAAACGCAAUGCACGGAUGAUGGAAUGGUGCAUGGCUACGUUGGCUUCUCAAAUUUGAGCAGCUUCUAUCUGGGAACUCGCUUGAUCCCAGGGAAGGCGCUAGUUAGUGAAGGGUUUUGGGAUUUUACAAAACAGCAGCUUUGCCUUAUUGCUUGUCAUAUACAGAGCAUUGAACAUUUGCCGACCGAAUCUACUGUUGAUGCUUGCACAAUUAGGAUUUGCUUGUGGUUCCCUGCUGUAUGGUCGAUUGAGAAUCGCAGAACUGCUGUUGGGCGAAUUUGGAGCAACAACAAUGAGAAAUAUUCAGGAUAUUUUGAGCCAGUUUCAUUUUGGAGCACUGACAAUUAUAUAGGUAUUCUUCCAGGUUUGAAUUACAAUUACACUAGAUUGGAAGAUGCAAGGGAGUCUUGUGCAAGUGACAACUCUAAAAGUGCUGGUAAAGAGAAAUAUCCUGAUGGAAAAACUUUUCGUGAUUUUAGAUUUGGUGCAUCUGUUUCAAAUUCUCAAGGAAAAAGGGAAAGGAGUUAUUUUAACCCGGUUUCAAUAGGACAGACAGUCUACGGUAACAUAUUUGGACAAUACGGGGCAUCUUUACCUGUGCCAUUUGAUUCUGAAAGUCACAGUCUCCAAAACAUAAGCUAUGAGAUACAAUUAAUGUUAUCAUCUUUCAGUAUGAAUGAAGCUGUAAAAAUCUCAGCAGAAGGAAUAUACAAUGCUCAAACUGGACUGCUUUGCAUGGUUGGUUGUGGCUAUGUUACUUCUUUGGUUGCUAAGCAGCAAAUGGAAAGAGGUGAGAUAAUGGACUGUGGAAUUAUUAUUAGCAUCCAAUUUGCUCCUCUGAAGCGCAGGGCAGGGGAUAAAAUCACUGGCACAAUUAGGAGCACACGAGACAAGAUGGACCCAUUAUUCUUUGAACCGUUUGACAUUACAUCAUCAGCUAUCUAUACAGAGCAGGCAACUCAGUCAAUAUGGAGAAUGGAUAUAGAAAUUAUCAUGGUUAUGAUUUCUCUCACACUGUCAUGUAUUUUUAUUGGAUUGCAGCUCUUCCAUGUGAAGAAGAAUCCAGAUGUACUUCCAUCCAUAUCUAUUAUUAUGCUCGUCAUUCUCACUUUGGGGAAUAUGAUUCCUUUGGUGCUGAACUUUCAGGCUUUGUUUAGAACAAGUGCCAAUCAGAAUGUUUUUUCGGGGAAUGGUGGAUGGCUUGAGGUAAAUGAGGUGAUAGUAAGGGUCAUAAUGAUGGUUGCUUUCCUACUGCAAUUUCGCUUCCUUCAACUUUCAUGGACUGCAAGAUCAAGCAAUGAGGCCUGGUGGGAUUUAUGGUCAGCUGAGAAGAAUACUAUCAAAACAUGCUUGCCUUUGUAUUUGGUUGGAGGACUGAUUGCCUGGUUGGUUCACAUCAUUCAUAACCAAGCUCAUGGAAGAAGACCUCUUUAUGGUAAGCAGCUCCAUGAUUCUCUUUGGGGUAGCCUAAUAUCCUAUGCUGGCUUGAUACUUGAUGGUUUUUUGCUUCCUCAAGUUAUCUUCAACGUAUACUCGGGCUCCAGAGAAAAGGCUCUUGCCCCUUCCUUCUAUAUUGGAACUACUGUUGUUCGAGGACUGCCUCAUGCUUAUGAUGCUUAUAGAAGUCGCUAUUAUGUUCCUCCUCUGAACUCAUCCUACAUAUAUGCUAGUCCAUAUGAGGGUUUUUAUUCACUGGUAUGGGAUAUCCUUGUUCCUUGUGGAGGACUCUUUCUUUCAGUGCUAAUAUUCCUUCAACAGAGGUUUGGUGGUGCUUGUAUUUCUCCUUUUAAAAAGACGAUAGAGCCUAAAUCGUACGAGUUAGUCCCCGUAGUGGCCUCUUAGUAUACAGACAUCUAAUACCAUACAAAAAAAAACACACACACCAGCUUAUUUCCAUAGUGUAAAAAUUAUGUUUGGACUCCAUGACUGUCAUUUCAUGAAUGCUACAUUGAAAGUGUGUUGUAUAGUGCACUUGCCUUUCACUUAUCUGAAAGAAAGAGAAGGAAAAUGUGUUUGGUGUCGCACACUGGUGCACCUUGAAUGACCAUCAGGUGAUGAAUCUCUCAUUUGCAGCUGAGCUAUCGGAAUUCCUUCUGAUUUUCUUUACACGUGAUUUCAUCCAUUAGCUUGUCUAGAAGUUAGUUGAAUUCCAAGUGAGGAACUACUGCAUUCUAUAUCAUUCGUUAUCAGAGUUUUGUACUAGAAACUAAUAGCAAUUUUCAAUUAAAUGUGGUGAAUUCUGCCUCGAGAUAAUUGAUACAUAUUCUAAAAGACAAGUACAUUAGUUA